UUAACAUUUUCAACCUAGCAACUAAAUUGAACCCGUCUAGAAUUAUUUAUUGUAGUACAAUGAGUCCGUAUUGUCUCCAAUUACUCAAUCCACACAGCCUUCCACGUGGGACCACACUGACGCUACCCACAACCUGGGAGAGCAACUUUGAAAGCAAGAAUCAUUCAUUCAUAUCAGAACUUAGAACUUAGAACAUCCAAAAGAAACAAAAAUAUUUGUUGGGUGAUUUUCCUAGGAAACGGAAGCAUGGUGAUCUUUGUCGGCGGCAGAUUCUCCCGCCAGAAAAAGCUCCUCCUCCUCUCACGCCACUUCCUCUCCACCGCCGACGUCUCUUCAUCCACUUCCUCAAAACUGCGCACUAAAUACUCCUUCGUGCCUCCAUCCUCCCUUAAACCCCCCACAAACCCUAACCCCUCCAGGGACCCACCGCCCCAAAAGAAGCCCAAGCCCCGCUUCCGCCCUCCCUCCUCUCUCGACAGGGACGCCCAGCAACAGGCGGUGUCCACCUUGCCGUUCGAUUUCCGGUUCAGUUACACUGAAAGCAGCCCUACUGUGCGCCCUAUUGGUCUUCGUGAGCCUAAAUACUCCCCUUUCGGGCCGGGUCGUUUGGAGAGGGUAUGGACCGGCGUGUGUGCCCCCGCGGUUGACCCCAAACAGGGAUCGCCCCAAGAUGAGGCAAAGCUGGAGGAGGAGAGGAGGGUGAUUAGAGAGAAAAUUCAAGGAGAGCCAUUGACCAAUGCAGAGAGGAAAGCUCUGGUUGAGAGGUGUCAGAGGCACAGAACUAAGAGACAAAUCAAUUUGGGUAGAGAUGGAUUAACACACAACAUGUUGAACGAUAUUCAUAAUCACUGGAAACACGCCGAGGCUGUCAGAAUAAAGUGUAUGGGAGUGCCCACUGUUAAUAUGAAGAAUGUGUGCUCUCAAUUGGAGGAUAAGACAUUUGGUAAGAUCAUCCAGAGACAUGGUGGUUCGAUUGUACUAUACAGAGGGAGGAAUUAUGAUGGGAAGAAGAGGCCGGUGAUUCCAUUAAUGUUAUGGAAACCUCAUGAACCCGUUUAUCCAAGGCUUAUAAAAACUACUAUUGAUGGCUUGAGCAUCGAGGAAACCAAGGAAAUGAGAAAAAGAGGAUUAGCUGUUCCUGCUUUGACAAAACUCGCUAAGAAUGGCUAUUAUGCUAGUCUUGUACCCAUGGUUCGGGAUGCUUUUCUGACAGAGGAGUUGGUUAGGAUAGAUUGUAAAGGACUUCCAAGGAGUGAUUACAAGAAAAUUGGCUGCAAACUGAGGGAUCUGGUUCCUUGUAUCCUGGUAACAUUUGAGAAGGAGCAGAUUGUGGUAUGGAGGGGAAAACACUAUAAACCUAAAGAGGAUGUAUUUUUGCUCCCCGAUAGGGAAAUAUUUGACGAUCCAAACGAUACUUUGGGUAAUUUUCCAGAAGAAAAUGAGACUCGGGGCGAAAUUGAGUUUUGUUGAGGGGAGGAGUAAUUUGUUUGUAAAUGGUCUGCGGAUUAACAAUUUUUGAGAUUGCCAAAGUUGUUAAUGUUGUGGGACACCUUUGCCCAAUUUUUGAGUGGUGGAUGGUUGUCAUUGCCAAUGUUGUUGAGAUUGUCAAAAUUGUUAAGGUUGUGGGACACCUUUGGCCAA